GUGUUAAGAGCCUCAACCAACAGGCUGUCCUGGUGAUGCACUAAAAGGUGCCAUGUUAUCACCCAGGUGCAUGCAGGAGAGAUGCAGCUAGUUUGAAACUCAGUGAUUUGUUCAUCACUUAUAUUUGCAUUCUUUUCAAAAAGGGACAGUGGAGAGGAUUUAUCUUGAAACCUGUUCUGAUGUCACCUCCCCAAUGUUAAUUGGAACUUGUUUGCUGCAAGAAGGGAAAGUGCAAACACACAAUGAAUGAGGUUGGGGUGGGGGGUACAACUGAUGUGGAGGGCAGAGUAGGCUGAUUGGAAAUUGCAUUACCUUGUGAGUAAAACAGAAAAGAGUCCAAUCUUCUGAAGAAGUGACUAGCCGUGAAAUGGGAGUCUUGCUAUGAACUUCACUAGGGCCAGGAUGUCACCCAAAGUGUUUGUUUAUGCAGAUCACAGGGUCGCUGUGUGCGUGAGAAAGAGAGAGAGAUUGCAGGCAGAGAGAAGCUGCUGCAGGAGAGAGUGCAGGCAGGUAGCCAGGUAACAACUUGGAGAGCACAUGGUCUCCCUAGCAACUUGCUCUUGGCUUCACCUGGGCAUAAUUGGACCAGAGCUGGAAGAGAGAGAUUCUCUGGGAAACUACAGGGUCUCUAAUUCACCUGGCAACAGAUAGCAGAAUUUCAAUUGGGGGAGAUUUAAGAGUCAUCUCCAGCACCCCAUGGAGCUUUACAGCGAGGCUUGAGCUGUGCUUCCCUCUUUCGAUAAAGAGGCACAGCACACAGAUAAAAGGUGCCAGCAUGACCCGCUUCACCUUGAGAUAACUAGCCUCUGUGUUGGCCCGAGCUAGAGUAUAUUAACUCAUCAGUAGUACUGCCAACCCCCCCAAAUCAAAAACCGGGGGUCAGGCUCCACAGAUCGUGGAAUUGGCUUAAAAAUGGUUACAUUUUUUUUUAAUUUGGGUUAUUUUUGUUUGCCUUGUGAUUGUUGAGCCUUCAGGGAGUGCUUAGGCUCAAAAAUGAGACCCUUCUCCACAACCAUGAAGGCUAGUAACUUUUUCUAGUGAAAGCUGAGAUUUUCAUAUACUCACUUGCUUCCAGGAGCUGGAGCUUUAAGUACCAAUAAUUGAGAGAGCUGGCAACAAUGUUUAAAGCAGCAUAGAUAAGGCUGGCCCUAUGCUAGGUUAUAAACUCCUUAAGGCAGGCAGUGUGUCUCCCUCUGUUUGUACAAGGUUCAAUAAACAAUCUGCUGGUCUCUUGAAUGCUCAGCUCUCAAGGUUGUCGUCUGAACUGACCACCACCCUGGGGAACCACCUGUGGCAAAUAAUUCUGCCCUGGCCCCUGCUUGGGUCUAGAUAAGAUCAGCUAACAAGCUGUUCCCAUUUCUAACCUGUACGAUCUUCGCUCUUGUAAAAAUGCCCAAGCAACCAGUGUCUGCAGUGCAGCAGAGUAGUGGAGGGGAAAGGACUCAACUAGAAACAAGUGUCUACUUUAGCUGAUUGAAACCUUUGUUUCCUGGGAGACUGUCUGCACUGACUCUCACAGGCUGAAGAUGGUGGAGCCUUCUGACAUCUUGGCCCUGGACUGUGAGAUGGUGGGCAUGGGAGCAUUCGGAGCUGAAAAUGGAUUGGCUCGUUGCAGCAUCGUAGAUUACUAUGGCAACGUGGUCUAUGACCGGUUCAUCCGACCAGAAGGUGUUGUAACAGCUUUCAGGACCCCUGUGAGUGGAGUUCGCCCAGUGGACAUGGGAGGGGCCACACCAUUCAGGGUUGCCCGGGAACAGAUUUUACAGAUCCUGAGACACAAGCUGGUGAUUGGCCACGAUUUACGCCAUGACUUUGAAGCACUGAAAGAAAACAUGUGGCACUACCGAGUCUAUGACACGUGCAAUGACUGGCUGCUGAGAAAGGAAAGCGGGCUGGGAAACUCCAGGCGCAUCUCCCUCAAGGUCCUUUGUGAAAAGCUGCUCAAGAAAAGCAUCCAGACUGACAGAGAGGGCCACUCCUCUGUGGAAGAUGCCAGGGCGGCCAUGGAGCUCUUCAAGUUUGCCAGAUCAAAAGGGGAUGGCUCCAUUUAAGGGACUUCUUGCUUCUCUGUGUCUCAUCAGUUCACAUGUGCAGGUGCGCUGAAAGUUACAUGUCCAGUGAUGAUCUUGUUAUGGGCCGAGUGAAUGUCCCAUGUGGGUAGGGUGACCAUAUUUCCCAAAGGAAAAACAGGACACCACACGGGGCUGGCCCAAGCACCCCCCCCUCCACCUCCCCAUGGGGCUGGCCCUAGCUGCUCGCCUGAGCCCCUGUCCCCAUUCAAGGCUGGGGUUGCUGCUCAUUUGAGCUCUGUCUGUCUGCCUGCCACUCAUUUGAGCCCUGCCUGCCGCUCGAGGCUGCUGCUGCUCGCUUGAACCCUGCCUGCCCCCUCUACCCCCAGCAUGGGCUAGUGGUGGUGCAUGUCCCCAUCCCCCCCGCACAUUCCUCUGUGCCACACUCCACUUUGACAAAAGUGGGCAUUUGCCCUGUUUGCACUUGCCAACUCAUCAAGUUGGCAAGAGCAAAUGGGAGAAAUGCCCACUUUUGCCAAAAAGUCAGAAUGGUUUUAAAAAAAAAGAGACGGUCCUGGCCAAUACAGGAUAUAUGGUCACCCUACACAUGGGGUCACUUUAAAAUAGGCUGGGUGGCACUAAUAAAAGGGAUCUGCAUUUUUUUGUUUUACUAAAUUAUUUUUAAAAAUUAGAAGCCAUUGAACAAUUGUCAACACUGCAGCCAGGCCUGUAGCAGAGGACAUGAAAGCCUGGCUUGGGUCAGCUGUUUCAACAGCUGGGGCUAGGGUUAACAUUGGGAGGGCUGCCCUUUUGCAGAGAUAUGACCCUUUUUCUGCAAUAUAAAACCACCAUAAUAAUGCUCAAGAAUCAGAGGGGUUUUGAUCACCCCCUGGUGACGUGCUGUGGUCACUCAUCUUGGAUCUAUGUGUAGAAAUACAAGCUCACUAUGGAUAAUGAACCCAUCACAUUAGUCUUGAGAUAACCAUCCCAUGGGUGCCCAGAGCUUCUGGUAUGAUUACAUGCAUAACUUAGGCUCCCUAUGGAAUAAAAGCUAGAGAUCCUUAAUGGCUGGUAUAGGGACUAAUAUGUAGUGCUAAAGAGUCUGUGAGUGUUUUGAAAGAAAUAUAAACCUGUCUCGUGAGAACCGGGCAGCUGUGGACUGAGGCUGGGAGUCAGGUGACUGAGUUCUAGUCCCCAGCUCUGCCCUGAAACAUUGUCUCACGUUGGCCCGAAUAAUUCCUGCGUCAGCUUCUCAGUCUGUAAAAGGGGAGGUAGGGAGCAAUAAUGCUGCUUGUCCAGCUUUGUGAAGUGCUUUCAGGUCUCUGGACAUGAAGUGCUAUAGAAGUCUGAUUAUUGUUAUAAAUGAAGCUCAUGGUCCUUGCAUUGCAACACAAUGUCUUGAAUAAAAAUAAAAGAUGCA